AUGUAUGGGGAUGCCGAACCUAUACGUAUGUUGCUAUCACAUGCCGGCAUAAGUUACGAAGAUAUUUACAUGAAUUAUCAAGAGUUUUAAAAGAUAAAGGAAAAAGAUUAAAGAUUUGAAUUUUAAAGAACUCCAAUUCUUGAGUUAGAUGGGUAGUUCUAUGCUCAAUCUUAUUCAAUUUUGAGGUUACUUGGAAAGAUGUAUGGAUAUUAUCCUGAGAAUUCAAUUGAAGCUUGGAAAGUGGAUUCUGUGAUGGAUCAAAGCUAUGACCUCGAAAAAAACUAUUUGAAGCAAUUCUUUUAAACAGAUAAAGAAAAGGCACAAAAUCUAAAAGAUAACUAUUUUUAGAAUCAACUUCCCACUUAUUGCGAGAAGAUUUAGAAAAGAUUGAUAAAAGCUGGCAAUAUUUUUAUUGCAGGAGAAUAGCUUACUAUUGCUGACUUUGUUAAUGUUGCUUGGGCAUACAUACUACCUUAUAAUAUUGCUUGCUAGCAUAGUUAGGAACAUAUAGAGGUAAUCAGUAAAUACCCAGACCUAGUAGCUUAUUUUGAUAGAAUGACUAAGUAAGUGAAAGAUCAUUUAGACAAAAGACCUUUGGGACUAGGCUAUUGA